UUCAAAGAAAUCCAGGAUUUCUUUGGCGCGCCCUAUAGCGAGAUCGCGUGGAUCUCCUCGAUCCAGUUGGCCACGACGUACGGUGCGGGUCCCAUUAGCAGCAUUUUAGUGAACCACUAUGGCAGCCGACCCGUGGUUAUGUUCGGAGGCCUGCUGUGUGGCAUUGGGAUGGUCUCAGCUGCCUUCUGCAACAGCAUCCUGCAGCUCUACAUCUGCGUGGGCUUCAUUACAGGACUUGGCCUUGCUCUCAACCUCCAGCCAUCCGUGAUAAUGAUAGGGAAAUACUUCUUGAAGAGAAGACCCAUUGCGAAUGGCCUUGCUAUGGCAGGGAGCCCUGUGAUGCUUUGCACCCUGGCUCCUCUCAACCAGUUCCUGUUUGACAAUUUUGGCUGGAGGGGCAGCUUUUUAAUUCUUGGGGCAAUUUUGUUAAACUGCUGUGUAGCAGGAGCUCUCUUCAGACCCAUUGGGGCAGCCACAGCACCAGUCAAAGCCCAGGUGAUCGAGGAAGGGAAGGAUGCUCUGAAAGAAGGAGUCACUGAAGUUGCCGUGGAAAUGAGUAGUACCACAAACAUCCCCAAGGAGGUCAAAAUGGAAGAUGAAGAAGAAAAGGACUGUUGUGAAAAAAUCAAUCAGUACCUUGAUUUUUCUCUCUUUAAGCACAGAGGGUUCUUGAUUUACCUGAUUGGAAAUGUGCUCAUGUUCCUGGGUUUUUUUGCCCCAAUUGUUUUUCUGGCACCCUAUGCAAAGCACAUCGGCAUCGACGAAUACUCAGCUGCUUUCCUCCUUUCGAUCCUUGCCAUCGUGGAUAUGUUUGCCCGACCUGCCACUGGCAUCAUUGCAAACAGCAAGUGGGUGAGGCCGCGGAUUCAGUACUUUUUCAGCUUCUCCAUUGCUUUCAACGGCACCUGCCACCUUCUCUGCCCGCUGGCAUCUGGCUACACAGGGCUCGUCGUCUACUCCGUCUUCUUCGGCUUGGCCUUUGGCAUGGUUUGUGCCAUGCUCUUUGAAACGCUCAUGGACCUCGUGGGAGCUGCCAGGUUCACAAGUGCAGUCGGCCUGGUCACCAUCGCGGAGUGCUGCACGAUACUGCUGGGACCACCUAUUGGAGGAAUUCUUAUCGAUACCUUUGGUGACUAUAAAUAUAUGUUCAUUAAAUGUGGAGCUGUGAUGGUCCUGGCAGGAACCUUCCUGUUCAUCAUGAAUUAUUAUAAUUAUCGUAUGCUUGCCAAGGAGAAGAAAAGAAAGGCAAAAGGAGAGGAUCCUAAAUCUGUAAGGAUAGAAAACGAAGGCAGAAAUAACUUGAACAAAGAAACUGCGCUGGGUGGACCUGAGCUGGAACCUUUGAAAGAGGAACAACAAGAACUAAAGAAGGAAGUGAAUGGCACAAAUGAAGUUUAA